UGACAUUAAGAUUUACUUCUCUGAAGGGCAAGCCGACUUGGUGGGGCUGGGAGAAUUCAGGAUUUGUAUUGGUUCCCAGGAUUCAUGAGAAGCUCCUGUGCAAGGGCUGGUGGAUACACUUUGGAGAAUGACUAACACUUGCAGGGCUCUCACAGAGCUGCUGGCUGUGUUAACGAGGUCCUUGUUCUCAUUUGCUUGGAAGCAAGACAGAACAAGCAAUUACUGUCAGCUGCUUUCGGACUGGCUUUCUGAACUAUUCCAGGAGAUGGAGUAGAGCUGACGCACUUACCUUGAUGAAGAACCUCACUGAAGGUAUGAGGAUCUCCAGUUGUUUUGCCAGGAGCCAACCACUUGAGAUCACCCCAGAAACCGAUACUUUAUUUAAAGACUCUCCAGUGGGAUUCCUCUGGAUGAACGCCGGGGACUGUUUCUGGUAGGAGAGUAUCUGUUUUGGAGGGUGCGGUGCUUCUGGCUUCAUUUCCCCUUGAAGUUUUCAGCUUCUGUCUUGUUCGGAACUGGGGAGAUCCUACCAUAACUCUGGACUAUCUGCUACGGCCAAUACACUGUUACUAUCAUGUCUUAAAUGCAGGAAAAUUCCAGAGAAACACCUUGGAAUUUCUGGCAAUUUCUUUAAGUGCAUUUAAAGGUUUUUGUUUCCUGCUCCAGAUCACGGGUGAUGUACACAAACAGCAGAGUUCACAAGCAGCAGAGUUUGGGGAGGCUGAUCCUGGCUGUGUUUGCAGACCCGCUUCUUGCAGUAUAGGCUUCAUGGUCACAGACAACCACGGUCCUGGUGAAAGAAUGGAAAACCAAACAAUAGGAGGAAUCUAGGAGAAAGGGAGGGAAAGGUUAUGUUCUUUAUUUAUGGCAAAGGAUGAGGGAAAUGUGAAACAAAACAAGGAGAAAAAGAACAGAGAAAGGAUAUAGAAAGCCCAUAUGGGUGACCUAGUAGAAGUAAAGGAGCACAAAAUUCUUCCUUUUGGGUGCAAACAGCAUGGAAGACCUUCUACAGUACCUGCUCAGUGCUCAAUCUCUUGUGCCCGUAUCAACCAAGGGAAUUAUUCAUUAUUUUGUAGAACACGUCCUCACUUUUCUUCUCUCUAGGUCAAAAAAUGCCAAACCAUAAACCUCUAGAGAUGUUUAUCCUUAGAAAGCGCUGCAGUGUUCUUUUACAAUAUAUGAAAUUGCAGUAAUAAGAAUAAAUUAUAGCACUCAGCAUCGGACAGGAUGACUGAUGUAAGCUGUCAGCCAAUGUUUGACUUUCCAGGUGAGAUUAGAUUUAGCAUUUACCUUAAUAUAAACAGAAAGUGUGCAGUAGAAAGCACUUAAUUAACAAGCAAGUGCUCAAAACCUUGUGCAAGCUGGAGGCUACUUGAAGCUUAAGAUAGCUCUCCUCUUUCCAGAGUAUCGCAGUAUUAUCCGGCGGAAUUUCAAAAUCCUGAUUGUUACUGGGAAUCUCAUCACUGAAGGAGACAGGAAAGCAGCUGUAACUUGCAAGGAUGGCUGAAAUACGAAACUUCACGUGGGCAGUGGAAGAUAUUUUCAAGGAAACUUUUCUCACUUACAUGAACGGCUGGAGGAAAAACAUGACAGAAGCGGCAAAUGAACUGCAAGCCAAGGUUGAUGCUGAAAACUUUGACUAUGUUAUCCUUUAUUUGAUGGUGAUGAUUGGAAUGUUCUCCUUCAUUAUUGUGGCGAUUCUGGUGAGUACCGUGAAAUCUAAGAGGCGAGAACACUCCAAAGACCCUUACCAUCAGUACAUCGUGGAGGACUGGGGUGAGAAGUAUAAAAGCCAGGUUCUGAAUCGAGAAGAUCUCAAGUGUGUGGUCCAUGAAAACUUUGGUGCAAGGGACAAAACAAGCCCCACGUCACCCUGACAUUCCAGAAACAUCAGCAAAGAGGAAAUCAUGAAGUCACAUUUAGGGAACUCGCUGGAAUUACAAAUAGCUGAGAAAUUGUUCAUUAGAUUUACACAGGUUGAGCUAGAAUGGGCUGCUGAAGAAAUCAACAUCACUGUUUCCUCUGAGAACUCUGGCGCAGCUGCUUUGAGGAACACCCAAGAAAAAUGCAUGACUUUGCUCUGCUUUGAUAUUCUGCUCUUCAGGAAAAUAAAGUCAUGGAGAGAAUAACUUGAAUUUUUUAGCAAUUUUUUGAAAUCGAGAAGCAGAUCUGGAUUACUGAGCAGUAAACUUCAGACAAACAGUAGGAGUUUUCAAGUGUUUAAAAGUCCUGAUUCAGAUCCCAAUGUGUGACAUAAACCCAUUUAAAAUAACAGGAAACUGUACAAUAAAAUACCAGACCCUCUAUCUAUUGAUUGAACAAUGUGUUAUGGUAUGAAUCACAGGACGAGCCUAUAUCUACACAUGUUCAAGUCAAUCCAAACUGCUAUUUUAAUGACCUGGCUCCCGUUUCAAUUUCAUUAUUCAUUGACUACAAAGAAUGAUUCAUGGCCUUCUGUUUUAUCAUAAAAGCAUAGCCAGACUAGCAGUCUCAUCUAAGAGUGUCCUGGUUGUCCAGGGCAGCUUUUAGAGUGUCAGUGUCUUUCUUGAAGUUCAUAGCUGUCUCUUCUGCUGUUUCUUGGUUUUUCGUAUUGAUCUGUUUAUCUGCAAUGCAAGCUGGGUGAUAGGGAUUUCUUGCAUUCCUAUUAGCCAAGGCCUAGUGUAGAUCAUCAUGCUCCUGCUAUAUAUCUUUCAGAGCAAGGGUUUCUAUGACCAGCUAUCAAAGCUAUUCCAUUGUUAUGCUUUCUAAUGCUUCCCAUGUUGGGUACUGGUGUGCACCAGUCAGAAAACAGGUUGUAAAGAUGGUUUAUCUUCCCUGUGCUGCUAAAGUACCAUGAUGCUGGCUGUUGGGGAAUAAUUAGAAGCAAAGCCAGUACUACUUCUAGUAUUAAAAUGUGUUCCUUUUAGCUCUAAGUUUAUCUUCUAUUCAUAUUACCAGACUUAAACUGCUUAAACUUGAAGUUCUCAUUCUGGCUGUCAAUUGUGUGGGCAAGGAGAAAUGAUGAAGAAAAGAGCUUAUUUUUCUUGGAAGCUUUGGCUUGUUUUGGAGCCUGAUCUUGUGGUAUGGCACAACAGCUGUUGUUGUGCUCCAGAAGAUGCUCAUGUUAUGGCUCUGUUCCCCUCCAGGUGGAAGGACAUUCCUUACUACUUACCCUUGAUGACCACAGGCUGUAAGGGCACAGUUAAUGUGCCCAUUGAGCAGCUAGAGGGACUGGCCAUCUGGGCCACAUGCUACAGCUGUGCUUCAGCUAGGGAAAGAGCAUCUUUUGACAGGGUAUGGCAGCAGGGACAGCCACAGUGAACCUUACUAGAUGUGCCAACAUCAUGAACAGCUGCACCUGCUCAGGCUCUGCUCCCCACCAAAAGCGACAGGCAACUUCCAUUGCUGGCUGUGCUCUGAUCAGCAUGUGGGCAGCUGUGACACUGAAAUGGGAACGAGCACCUGAGUUGACUCUGCCCUUGAGACAUGUUGGCAAUGCCUUAGAUCAGGCAUGUCCAGCCUGUGGCCCAACCCAGCCACCCCCUGGCCCAUGCCAUCAUGAUGGCAGUUCUGGUACACGUCUUGACUACAACAGCAAGCUGUUCAUUGCUGCUGAAAACACACAGUUAACGGGAGUGACUGUAACAGUGUUUUGUAGCUGACAAUUUAUUGAAUAGUGUUAUUGUACUCUUUGUAUCUGUUGUAGUUUCCCUGGAAAUAAACAGGAGGCACUACUUUUGGAGCAGCUUAGAUAAUGUAUAUGCAGCUCACGACAACUCCAUACUCAGUGCAGCCCAGGCAAGCCCAAAGUUGGCCUAGUUCAGGUGAAAAGAGACAGCCCGCUUAACAUACUGUCUUAGAAUCAUAGAAUAGAACCCUAGAAUCACUCAGGUUGGAAAAGAGCUUACAGAUCAUCAGUCCAACCACGACCUAACCAUCCUACCCUAACUCUAACAGCCCUCCGCUAAAUCAUGUCCCUGAGCACCACAUCCAAACGGUUUUUAAACACUUCCAGGGAUGGUGACUCAACCACCUCCCCGGGGAGCUUCACAACCCCUUCUGUAAAGAAGUGUUUCCUGAUAUCCAAACUAAACCUUCCGUGGCUGGAGGUUCCAUGUCACAUGGGGCGGUGCUGCCUUUGAAGCCGUUGUAGGGAACAGCUGAGAAAGUGAAGGCAAAGCUUUCCACGGGGAACUUCAGAAACUGAACAGCUCGCUAACAAUGUACACACCUGAAGCACUCAGCACUAUUUAACCAGCCAGCAACGCCGCUCUGGCGUUUCCCAGCAAGCCCGCUACCAGCACACCCAGCCCCGACACGGGGCAAGAGAAGGGGCUGCCGGGCCGAGCCGGACCGGGCGCUGCUGGGAGAUGUAGUUCGCCGUGCCUUCCCGCCCACAACAAUGGCCGCCCGCUGAGCAUUUGGAACGUGCGAGGAGCUGCCAGAGGAAUUGUUAAUAUUUCCGUUGCAGCUUCAACAGAUAGAUGCUUCUGUCCUGGAUUGUGCCUUUAGAAGUGUGACACUUGUCAGUG